GAAAAACCAAAAAAAAUUGUUUGUUGGAUAUACAAUAUUUACUCUCUUUAUUUCACUUCAUUUACAUUAUAUACUCCCGCACACACGUGUAUCUUAAGAGCCCCUCCUAAAGGGGGUCUUAUAAGUGGAGGCUUCCUGCUUGGGGUUGUCAUUAUAUAUUUUGCCGUUAGUAAGACAGAAGCGGGUAAACCAACAACCUGGUGCAGAGUCUACUUCUUCAUCGUCAUGGAUUCCAAUGAUGCCUUCGGUCUUGUUUACAAGAAGGGACAAGGCAGAUGGAGAAUGCAAGAAAUAAAAGUACCUCUCGAAUCGGCAUCAGUAGAUAUAAGUGUCAAAGGCUUUGUCGCUGAUGUCACAUCGACCUUGACCUACAGGCAUCAAGAGUCAGAAGCAAUUGAGUCUGCGUUCGUUUUUCCAAUGGACGAACAGAGCGCCGUCUAUCAUUUCCAAGCAGAAAUCGAUGGCAGAGUUAUCAUUGGUGAAUGUCAGACUAAGGAGGAGGCACAACAAACAUAUGACACAGCAGUUGAAACUGGUCACACAGCAUUCCUGAUGAAUGAAGAAAAAACCUCCGAUGUCUUCCGUAUCAUCAUCGGAAAUCUUCCACCGAAGAAAGUUGCGGAAAUAAAGUUUUCGUAUGUGGUCGAGUUACCCAUAGAGGUUGAUGAUUCCCUGAAGUUCGUCUUGCCAACUGUGUUGAACCCGCGCUAUGGUGUUCCUGAGAGUUCAACUUGGGCCGAGAAGACUGUGUCGUACAAAUUUUCCCUGAAGGCUAGCGUGUUUGCAGCUGCUGAAAACAAGAUCACAGCAAUAGUCUCCGAUACUCACCAAAUUCAAGUUGAUUACAAGGAUGAGCAGACUAAAGCUGAGGUAAAGUUCAGUGAAGAGAGCAAGUCUUACUCUGAUCUUACGUUGAAUAUCUUCUACAAGGAUAUGCACAUACCCCAGGCAAUUUAUGAGGCUGGAUGCACAGAAGCGAGUGGAUUCAUGAAACAAGACAUUGUGAUGUUGAACUUCUUCCCCGAGUCUCCAGAUGGCAUCACAAACCAUGGAGAAUACAUCUUCGUCGUUGACAGAUCGGGUAGCAUGAGUGGAUCCAAAAUUGCUAGUGCUAGUGCAACCUUGUUACUGUUCCUAAAGAGUUUGCCAGUGGGAUGCUAUUUCAACGUUGUCAGUUUUGGGAGCAGGUUUGAAUUCUUAUUCAAGCAAGGAAGCGCAACCUAUAAUGAGGCCAACCUAAAGACCGCCUUGUCCCUGCAAAAAGAUAUGAAAGCCGAUUUUAGAGGAACAGAGAUGUACGAACCCCUUGAGAAUAUUUAUCGGUCACCCUGCAAAGAUGGGCAUCCAAGACAGAUCUUCUUGCUGACUGACGGAGAUACCGGAGGAACCGACAAAAUUAUCAAGCUGGUCAAGAAAAAUGCUGAUAACACUCGUGUGUUCACCUUUGGCAUUGGGGAAGGGGCGUCUACUGCCUUGGUGAAAGGUGUGGCCAGAGCUGGUAGGGGCACGUGCGAGUUCGUCCAAAAAUCAGACAAGUUGCAGAGUAAAGUAAUGAGCAUCCUGAAACAGGCCCGACAAGAUUACACAUCUGAUGUAAAAUUGAACUGGAAACUUCAAGGGGAGAAUACAGCGGUCUCGAUUCCUAAAGAAGUACCAGAAAUCUUCAGUGGACAGAAACUCAUCAUGUUUGGAUUGCUGAAGGAACAAUUACCUGAUGGUGGGACUGGAGAAGUGGAGCUCUCAUGGAAGGUUGAAGGAAAGCAGUUGUCGCAUGAACUUGAAGUGGUCCGCGGAAAUUCAAAUGAGGGCACCUCUCUUCAUCGUUUGGCUGCCAAGAAGAAAAUACAGGAACUACAGCAAUGUGAACCUCAUGACAAAACAGCAACCAAGGAAGCCAUUGUUUUGUUGAGUACCUCGGCAAACAUUGUUUCCAACUAUACUUCUUUUGUGGCUGUUGAUAAGGACUCAAAGGUCAACGCUAAAAUUGUAAAACAGGCCAGAGAGGAUAUAGAAGAUCAGUCCGAUUGCUUGGGUGAAGAUGGUCUAAUGGCAUAUAGUUUGUGUAGUUCGGGACCAGUUUUGAAGGGAGGCGGAUUGGCAAUGGAAUCUAGAGGGUCGAGAGUUGGAAAGAAAAUGUCAGCAUUUAAAAGAAGUGUUACUAAGGCCUUCUCAGGAAUCCGCAAGCCCAAAGCUAAGGGUUUAUCACCGAAUGAACCAUCCCCAGCGAUAUCUCCGCAAAAAAUUAGGCCAGGGCGUGUCUACCAUUCAUCGGCUAGCGCAGGAAUCCGCAAGCCCAAAGCUAAGGGUUUAUCACCGAAUGAACCAUCCCCAGCGAUAUCUCCGCAAGAGUUUAGGCCAGAGCCUCUCCGAAACGAUGAAUCAUAUAGCGUGGCCUGCUGUCCAUCAUAUAGCGAGGACUCCUUUCAAUCAGAUGUCGUGGGAAUCCCCAUGCGCAGAGCUAUGAGUUUAUCACGGAAUAAACCAUCCCCAGCGAUAUCUCCGUCAAAGUCUAUGCCAAUGCCUCCCCAAAGAAGGGGUUGCAGCUUUAAAGCAGAGGGAAUCCGCAAGCCCAUAGCUAUGGGUUUAUCACCGAAUGAACCAUCCCCAGCGAUAUCUCCGCGAAAGGUUAGGCCAGAGCCUCUCCGAACCUACUGUCCAUCAGCUAGCGCAGAAAUGGAUUGCAGCUUUGUAGCAGAUGACUCUCUUACAGUGAAGGCGGGUCCCCCAGAAUCUCGAAACGUGUUGGCAAAGGACAGCCCUCUAUAUAAAAAGGUUGACCCUGAUACGUUAAUGGGAAUGGUAGACCAGCAAACCUUUGAUGGACACUGGGAGCUGAGUGAGGCUGUUGUUAACUUGCUUGGCAAAGACGCCAUCGAUUUGAAAUCGUCAUCUCCUUUGAACGAUUUGUCAGUGUGGGCCACUGCGUUGGUUCUGGCUUGGCUUGAUAUGAAUUGGAGCGAGAGCAAGGAUGAUUGGGAGAUGCUGUACGACAAGGCAUACAGCUGGUUGAAGGGACAAGGGGAAGCACUGGAAGGGAAGGACCCUGCGGAUCUCGUGCAGGCAGCUCGGAAAGCAUUGGAGUAGAACAUGUAGAAAGAUGAAAGUCUAACACAGCUGAUGUUGAAAUGACGAAGAUUCACAUAUGAACUACAGCCCAAGUCACAAUCAACAUCCCUUCGGAGGCGCCAGUGAUGAGCUUAUUUCUCUGGUUUCGUUUAUAUGACACGUGACUUAGGCACAACCUACGCGCUGGGGCGAACCACAGACGCGAUUUAAGGGAUAUCAAUUGUGAUUUGAACUGUAUAGUUGACUCAUGACCGUGAAAGUUCUUGCACUUAAUCGUGCAGUUCCAAGUUGACUUCUGACAUGUGUGUCUUUUGCCACUUUCCUGUGCCUUAUUUUCUUUCCCAGCUGAAAUCAGAUUGUUGUCUCCGUGGCCCAGUAGGGUGUACGUGGCUAGAUGCAACAUUGAAAUCCCGGGAUGGUAUAGGAUCAGACCAAGUAAUGACUCAAGGUUACAGGUGUUCGUCAUUGUGAUUAAUCUGCUGCUGUACUUUGCAUAGUCUGUAGUCUAGUUUUGCAAAUGUUAGUAUGUAGCAUUCUAAAAUUACUCAAGAUCACCGGAUAUGUACAAUACAUGUAUAUGAAUUGUGUCGUUUGUUCUUGCCUUAAAACUAUACUCCAUGUCUCGAAAAAAUGGCUUGGAAAAUUUGUCAAUGUUACACUCAAAGGGAGAAUAUUAGGCAGCAGACAGGAAAGAUAAAUGCUUUGUUCAAUUCUGUCAGAGUAGAGUGGUACUUUGGAUUUUUCCGAUGCAAUACAAUAUUUUCUUCAAAUAUUUCAUUUUCCGUGCGAAAUCGCCAAAAAGUUCUCAAAACUGGAGUAUAGUGCUAUUAAUUUUUGAGAAAAUGGAACUCUGAAUACAGGAAUACGAGACAAAUCAACCUGAGCCCAGAUUUCAGCAUUUGCUUCUCAAGGGUCUAUACAUUUGUAUGCCAUGCCAUGCCUAAUUAGAUGAUUGAAAUGAAUGCUUAAUUAACCAACUAGUGGUUGUCGCGAUUGAUCUGUGAUGAAUGUCUGUGAUGUGAAUUUGUGGUUGAGAUUUCUUAGAACCAUAACAUCCCAUUUUGUCUUUAGACGUCCCAUUUUAUCAUUGUUACAUGUUUAUGCUAGUAUUUUGUCUUAUAUCAAGUGCCUUGUAAGUACAUUGAAUUUUCUUUACACAUUAAAAUAUUAAACCAUACCCCCGUGUGCAAUGUAUAGCAGUGCUUGAAUGAGGUGUUGCCUAUCGCAGUGAUUAUUUAUCUUAAUAAAAUGAUCUUAUCAUUUAAA